GAAGGCGAGACAACAUGGCCUCUCAGCACGUUCCAGGCAGUCGGUGGACAACCGUGGUUCGCGGAAUACCCCACUUGCGCUCAGCACUUCUACGAAGAGUCGUCCGUUCCGGUCACGUACUUGUCAGGAUCCGUCACCCUCCAUCCGCCCUACGCAGGUCCCAAUGCCACUGAGCCUGCAACGUUCGCAGCGCAAGCUGUUCACGGCAUCUUCGGGUUCAAGAUUGUUGGACCCUUGAUCUGCAAGCAGUUUGUCUAG